UCAGGUUCUCCUAUCGUUUCGUCAACGUGGGAGACAACAAGGCAGACAGGCUCCGUGGGCCUCUUCUUGGGCUUCAAGUUGGAAGGGAAAUCCGACAAGGAGGACAACUAUAUCAAGGACGACAACCACCUUCUGAUUGAGCUCUCAGCACUCCAAACUUCACCAUUCAGCAUCAACAGGAUUCUUUCCACAGAUAUAUUUACAGCUCUCAGCUCUUUGAAGUAACUCUUCUAACUUAAACACAAUCAUCAACAAUGGCGGCCCUCGCAGCAAUUUACAACCCUUCCGCUCCUAAGGACAGGAGCGUCAGCCUGUUCUUCAACACCAGCACUGCUCAGGUUGCCUUGAGCUUGAUGAAUGGCACUGAAGGCAAUGAUAACAAUGAUAUCUACGCCUGUGGUGACGACGAUUACCCUGGCUAUAUCCUCAACCCCUCUGAGAUCGCUGGUGGUACCUAUCGUGGCAUUCAGCAUGUUGUCGCAACGACAGUUCCCAUUGUUGAAAAGGGUGCUUCUGUGACCAAGAACCAGAUCUCUCUCAUCUCUCCAGUGUACAAGAAGCUGAACACUACCGCCUUGGCCAACAAAAACGUUUCAUUCUCCGCGGAUAAUGUGGAUAAACACGCCUGGGCAUACUUCUUGGAUGGCUCCGCUAAUUACCAGACGGCGCUCAAGGAAUACGACUUCCUAUCAGGGAGCACCGCAAAAUACCUUGAUCAUGCCGACAUCAGGGUUAACAGCUCGCUCGCUGCCUACUACAACAUCAAGAACAAGCACCGUUUUGUCAUUUACCAGGAGGUUGGCGCGGGAAACCAUCUCAAGGAGUUUGAUAUUACCAGCGGCCAGACCUACGACAUCCAGAACUCGGUGGGUGCCGCCCCAGGUACCACCAUUGCCGUCACAUAUGACCAAGGCGGCAACAAGGCCUACGUCUACUACUACGAUACAGAUGCCACUAUUCGACGAAUCGUCAAGACUGGUGCUGAUCAAACUGCGUCCUGGUCGCCAAGCGUACCAGUCGAGAACGCUGUCAGGAUCAGUGUUCCCGGCCAGCUGACUGUUAGCACCGCUAAUGGCCUCAACCAUCUCUUCUACGUGUCUGUCGACAACUCUCUUGCCGACAAUGAUUUCACCCACGUGACCGAUCCGCUCGAUGAGUAAAGAACUGGGAGAAGGCUGCCCUGAAAUUAGCAGAUAUCAGUUAGAUAUGACCAGAUAGCAAUACAACUCGUCUGGAGUUAUUGAAAAUCUCAUCGUCGCAUUUGUUCUACAGUGUUUUGUAGGAUGGUGUUCGAUAUGCCAAAGCUGGCUCCUUAUAUCAUCUACGCGAUGUGUAGCUUAGCUCGAUGGCUUCGUCAGCUCCAACUUGAUAGAAGUCAAUUUUGUCCAAGUAACC